GGGACAGACGACGAGGAAAGUCCCAUGCGGACACGAGUGCACUCGCGAGGCUGGCACGUCGUCCCCAGACGUGACAUCAUGACUUUCAGAAACUCAAAAGUAGUGCACAUUGAUUGACACGUCGAACCACGUGCGCGGCCGGAGGCGGCCACAGAUCGCAGCUCAAGUUCUCCCCCGGUUGUCCCCUCCCCAUGUCCCCUGGAAUGAAAUGUCGCACACGGGUCCGACCACAGCACCCACUCUGACGGAAGGCUACCCCGUGACGAACCUGACUCUGGUGGUCCUUCUGCUCAUACCCUGCGUGGUCGUGCUGCUGCUGCUCAACUGCCUCUUCCUGGGGUACAAGCUGGUGGUCCUGUCCAGGGGCGGCGGGCGGACGCGAGGGGGCGCGGAGGAGCUGCUGCUGCGGUCCACCUUGCCGAGAGUCGGCAGGGUGUCCGACGUGGCCUUUGCCCCGCUGCACGGCGGGAGGAGAGCCUACGUGUCCGUGUCGGAGCCCGUCCUGCCGCAUCCCGUCACCUCCUCCAGGGCCUCGUCCAGGGAGAGGGCCGGGCUGGGCCACAGGACCCGGCUCCUGAGGCCGGACGGCGCCACCGGCUCGGGCUCCCUGAGGGCGCCGAGCACGAUCCGGGCCACGUCCCCCGAGGCGGCUUUCAGCCCGAGACCCGACCCGCCCUCCGGCUCGCGGCCGCACGGCGUCGGUGGAGCCCGCUGGUGCAGGAGCGCACCGCUUUUACCGCAGUCCAGCGAUUCGGAGGCGGAAACCCGAGUGAACCUUGUUCCGCCGAACUCUCCCACGCAGCAGACAGAACGCGUGGGUUAUAUGUAUCGGAGCAGUACUUACGGGAUGCUGACAGAUGUGAACCCAGCUGCUGCGGCGCGCGUGUUUGACAAAGUUGAAAUGGAGUGCGAGUACAGCAACCUGCCUUCAGAGACGUCUUGCCCCAACACAUCCGCAGUGGGUCCUGGACUCGACAGCGACUUUGGUGCAAGUGCAGGUGUCUCCCUGAGGAUUUUGUCAGCAGACAGUGACGGUCUGUCCAACGGUGUGCUGGCCUCGGCUCUGGAGUGGGAUUAUUACGACCCCUGCUACGUCAGACAGAAUAAUGUACCUAGGCAUAAACACCCCAGGCCAGCGAUUCACACCAAACAGUACUGGGUUUGAUACAUGUAGCAGUUUUAAUGUUUUAUUUAAUUUUAUUUCAAUAAUUUAUGUGACUAAUUUAUUUGACAUAAUUUUUUUGUAAGACACAGAUUUAAUGUAAUUUGACUGUUUCCACUAAUCACUAUGAUUAUACACCUGUUUGAAUGGUAUUUAUUGAUGAGCGCACUCUGCCACUGAAGUUGAUCAAUUGAGAAAUAUUUCCUAUGCACUUUCACUUACAUCACUUUGAAAAGUUCACUCCACCUUUGUCACUAUUGUUAAACAAUAACUGUUCCGCUACUUCUGGAUUUCAUUAACACUCACAUGAUUUAUAAACACUUAUUGUUUGACAUUUUUUGAUUCACUCUGACCAAUAAAAACACUUUUUGGAUUUAA